CAACAGCAAAAGCGAAAUUAAAUCGAAAAAAUGCCAAAAAGAAAACAGUCAAACGUUGUCAAAAGAGAAAUUCCAAUGAAAUAUUGAAUAAAAAUGCGAUUCCAAUCUUUACUGAUGCAUUUCUCGAUUUAUUUCGUAAACAAAAAAGUGAAAUACGUUCAUUGAAAUUCAAUUAUUCAGAAUUAACAGAAAAAUUUAAAUUGAAAGAUGCACAACAAGAACAAAUUCGUCUUGAUAAUCAAAAAAUGCGUCUCGAUAUUGAAGAAAUUUCCCAAAAGAAUUAUUUUAUUAAAAAUCAAAUUGAAAAAUUCGAAAAAGAAUUUCAAAAUGUUUUUCAUCAAACAAUUAAUCAAGAUUUCUUGAAAAUAUUAAAAGAUAAUCAACAUGAACACGAUUAUCAAGUCAAUAUACAAAAUAUCUUUAAAACACUUCAAUUGUAG